GCUUUAAUAAAUGAAGGGGGUCAUUCUCAAGUUUUCUACCUGUGCUAAUUACUUAUUUACUUGUGACUGUGUUACUUUGCAUGCAGCCAAGAUCUCUGCCUUCUCCAAUGGACGCACCACUUCCAAGUUUCUUCAGAGUCAUCCUUCCUUACAUGCUUGAGAAAAAGAAGCUAAAGCUGCCCCUGAAGUUCGUCAAAAUGCACGGGUCCGAACUCUUGUCGACGGCUGCACUUACCUUACCAAACGGCCAGGUGUGGAAGGUCGGCGUGGAGAAGAUGAUGAGCAAGAACAACGAGGAGAUCUGGUUCGGUGACGGUUGGGCGGAGUUUGUGGCGCACCACUCCAUUUCCGCAGGAUUCUUUGUGGUGUUUGAGUACCAGUUGGGCCACUCUGCCUUCAAUGUCCGCAUCUUCGACUUUACCACUUGCUCAAUCGAUUACCCUAAGACCGAGCAGCUCGAUGAGGAUCAGACGGGUUCCCCUCAUUGCAUCAUCAUUUCCUCCGACGAAGAAGAAGGAGAUUGCAAACCCAGCGCAAGAAACAGGCUCCGACCCAGAAAGCGGCAAACCUCCGAUCUCACCGCUGAGAUUGAAAACACGCUGGAGUUUCUCGAAGCGAGCGGGAUCGUGACGAAUGCCCUGUUCCACCUCAGGCUACCCAAGAUGUACAGAUUGUGCAAGAAGGGAAUCGAGGAAGCAAUAGCAUGCAAACCCGAAGACAGGCCUUGCUUCAUCGCCGUGCUGAGCUCUAAUCAUACUCGUGGGGGCAGCAGGACUAUAAUACCUAGUGGGUUUGGAAGAGAGCAUAAGAUUGAGAGAAGAACCAACAGGAGUGGGAUUCUGGAGGUGUGCAAUGGUGAAAAUGCAGGCGAGCAGUGGAACGUGGAGGUGGCGAGGAACAGGUCUGGGCAAGGGAUGUUUAUGGGGAAGGGAUGGGGAAAAUUCAUGGAAGACAACAGUUUGGGAGAGGGAGAUGUGUGCCUCUUCCAGCUGGUCUCUGCGGCGGAUCCGGUGAAGAUGGGCGUGUCCAUCUUUCCAGCCCAGCCCAGCCCAGCGAAUUAGUAGAGUAGUGAUAAUCGUGGGCUAUGCAUAGCCCAAUUACUGUAUGGGCUUGUAUUUUGU